AUCAAAAUUAAGUCGACUCGAACCAUUACAAUUUACAAGUCAGCUUGACUCAAUUGUUCCUUUACCUAAAGACGACUUUCGAAAACCCCAACGUUGAACUACUGUUUUAAUUCUCAGAUUCUUGUUUUAUUUUCUUGAAGAAUUUGAUUGAUAAGUUUCUUUGUACUGAAACGUGUACGGUUCAAUGGGUACACCAGAAUUCCCAAAUCUUGGAAAACACUGCUUUGUAAAUGAUUGUAAGCAGAUUGAUUUCUUGCCUUUCACUUGUGAUUGUUGUCAUCAGGUGUUUUGUCUAGAGCACCGGAGCUACAACAGACACCACUGUCCAAAGGCGAACAAGAAUGAUGUUAGCGUGGUCGUUUGCCCACUCUGUGCAAAAGGAGUACGCCUUAUUCCUGAUGAAGACCCGAAUAUAACUUGGGAAUCACAUGUAAACACCGAGUGUGAUCCAUCAAACUAUGAAAAAGCCACAAAGAAAAGAAAAUGUCCUGUACCUGGCUGCAGAGAGCUCUUGACUUUCUCAAAUACAAUCAAAUGUCGGGAGUGUACUGUUGAUCAUUGCUUAAAGCAUCGGUUUGGACCCGAUCACAAGUGUCCUGGACGUAAGAAACCAGAAUCAACAUUCCCAUUUAUGAACUUUCGAACUGGCAGUAGUAAAGACGAGCCCAAAAAAGCUCCUGCCACAUCAUCCUCUAGUUGGGCCACAACAUUCUUCAAGGCAGCUGAAGCUGGAAUGGCAAAAUUGGGCAGCGAAUUUAGUGGAAGGGGCCAAAGCAGCAGUGCCACUAACCGUAGUGGGAGUGCAAGCGGGCAAGUUGAGCAAUGCCCGCAAUGCACUCUAAGAUUUUCUUCGGUCACAGCUCUCGUGAGUCACGUGCAGAAAGUCCAUGAAAAGAACGGUGUCAUGAAUUUGACAGUCGAUGUUUGUCCCAGAUGUAGUAAAGGUUUUCGCGAUCCGGUGUCCCUUGUGGAACAUGUUGAAAGGGAACAUAAAGGAACUUCAGAGGCAUAGGGGGAGGUCAAUGUAAUGAAGGAAAUUGCAGCCUUUCUUAAUGUUAUCUUUUAAUUAAAAAGAGUAGUCAGCCUAUUUUAGAAUUUAGAAUAGCACUGUUGCAUUAUUAUUUUUGGGGGAAGAGGGGGG